AUGUUUUACGAAUAAUUCUGUCGCCACCUUAGAUUGAGAAAUUAAAUCACAAUACCUGGCUAAUGUUAACUACGAUUUAAUAACCGACAUCUUCUUGAAUAGAAAAUUUCUACGUGAUAUGAAUGUAAUAUGAUCGAGUUUAAAAACUUAUCAGAGAGAACAAGGACAUGGGGUUACCCUUAUAAAAGCUAGUCGUGGUAUAUUCGACAUCAUAGUUACCAAGAUACUCGACCAACAUAGAUCAUCUUCUUUGAACAUCCUAACGUCGUUUCUUCGAAAUCGUUUGGUGACAAGAAAGACGAAAAGAUACGAAAUGGCUGUUUCCUAUGGUACGACGAUCGUUCUCGUUCUAUCGUUCGUAACAACGAACGUGUUAUCUCAGACCUUUCAAUAUAGCCAUGGAUGGACGAACGGUAAACGUACUCUCACGGAUGUUAAUUCUCAAUUCUCAUAUCCGCCGGCAUCUUCCUGGAUGAAAAAUGUCUUAGACUUACAAUUCGACAAUCUUCAGUCAACGCCAACUUCACCUUCACCGUCUCCAUCGCCAACUGCGAUUGCGACGACGACGAUGACGGCUACGUCGAUGAAACGUUGCGACAUGCAUAGAAUGAGAUUAUUCUUUCAGGGAAAUAAUAAUGAAGCUCUAUAUUUGGUACCUUGCGAGACAAGCGCGUCAAAAAAAAAUCUCCGUGAACACCACCGCCUCGUUCAGCUACGAAGAGGAUCAACAUUCGAGGAUAACAAUAAUUAAUCAAAUCUAAAUAAAUAAAAUUGUCAGGAGCGUCAUCAAGGAAUGAUCGUUGUUAAAAUGAUACACACAUACACACACACACACGUAUACACAUACAUACAUAUAUAUAUAUAUAUACAUAAAUGUACAGAGAAAUAUAAUUAUAAAAUGAAAAUAAA